AUUGUAUAUAAGCCGGGGAAUCGCCGGUAACUGACAACAUUCUAAGACCACUCAACAGCACCUCAACAUGGCCUACAAAUUUACCUGCUCCGUGCUCCUGAUCGCAGCCAUUGCUGCUGUUUCUACGGCAGAGCCAGCUAGGUUCCGCAGUCGAUCCUCCCGCUUCCAGUUUGCUCGGCAGGAGCAGGCACCCCAGGAUCCCGCAGCCCCAGCAGAUCCCGCCGUGGACAUAGCGCCCACUCCGGCUUCGGCUCCUUAUCCUCCGGCGGGAGUCACACCAGAAGUGCCGUUUGAUCUGCCCACGGAGACGGAGGCUCAGCCCGACCUGACCUACGGACCUCCAGCUGAGCCGGACAACACUUACGGACCUCCAGCUGAGCCGGAUAACACUUAUGGACCACCGGCUGAGCCUGAUAACACCUAUGGACCCCCUGCUGAUGUCGCUCCGGUUGAUCAGGCCCCCGUUGAUGAUGCUGCCGCCGAGCCUAUUCCCGCCAGCCUGAUCCAACCCAGGAACGGACGCCUACGUAGCCGUCGCCCCGUGCCAGAGAAACUCCGAUCUGCUCAGAUCAUCCGCUCUAGGCCAGUGCUGGUCUACACCAUUUAAGAUAAUUAAGAGGCU